GCAGGGGACAAAGACCAAACAAAGUCACCACCCUCUGUCUCUCCUCUUCCUUCCUUCUUUUCUGUGGGCAGGUUAGCUAAAUAAACUCAACUAGUUUCCUUUUGUUUUCAUCAUCUUCUAUUCUUAUAUCCAAAGAAUAGAGGAGAGAUCGAUUCCAAAUCUAGUAAACCUAGCAGUAGCAGAGCAAGAGAGAAGAGAAAGAGAGAGAGAGAGAAAGAAAGAAAGGUGCUCACAUGGGCUUCUGUUUCUUGCCCAAAUCCCACGCUGAGCCGCGCUGCCUCCCGGAAGCCUCCUCUUCUUCUUCUUCCUCCUCCCCCUUCGUUGAAGCAGCAGCAGCAGCGUCCCGAUCAGAUUCGAUUUGAUCUGUCCUCUCCUCCCUCCCCUGCCCCCAAAAUCGAUUAAGUCCGUUCCGUAUCGCCCCCGGCCUCCCUUUUUCUAAAAUUUUCAGCAAGCGUAGAGGAGGAGGAAGAGGAUUGUUUUCUUUUGUUUCAAGCUUCAAUCCAUGGUUUCUUGUCUUCUCGCCGUGCCCUUCUCCUGAGCAUCAGGCUUGGAUUUUUUCCGGGUCCCUUCUGUUCUUACUUGGGAUUGGGGUCAAACCGAAGCUGCCGGCGCAAGAUCUCCCCUUUUGAUUUGAUUCCCAGUUCACCCACCUCCUCUCCUCGGACCGGAUCAAACAUGGUGGGGCAGACCAUGAUGCGGAUCGUGCGGCCCUGCUUCAAGCCUUCUCUCCCCGACUCCCAGGUCGCCGCCGCCGGCGGGACCAAGGAUGGCCUGCUCUGGUACAAGGACGCCGGGAGGCAUGCCUGCGGCGACUUCUCCAUGGCCGUCGUGCAGGCCAACAACCUGCUUGAGGAUGCUAGCCAGCUUGAGGUUGGCCCCUUCGUCCCCGACGGGCCCUGUGGCACGUUCGUCGGCGUCUAUGAUGGCCAUGGUGGCCCGGAGACCGCCCGCUUCAUUGCCGAUAAUUUGUUCCACCAUCUAAAGAAGUUUGCGACGGAACAACAAACCGUUUCAGCUGAUGUCAUACAGAAAUCCUAUGCUGCCACAGAGGAGGGGUUUCUGAACCUUGUAAGGAAGCAAUGGCUCAUUAAACCGCAGAUUGCCUCGGUAGGAUCAUGUUGUUUGGUUGGCAUCAUCAACGAAGGAGUUCUUUAUGUAGCGAAUGCUGGUGAUUCGCGUGCUGUUCUAGGGAGGGUUGAAGCGGGCGUCAGAGAUGUUAGGGCCAUUCAGCUAUCGUCCGAGCACAACGCAAGCAUUCCGGCUGUCAGGGAUGAAUUAAAACAGUUACAUCCAGAUGAUUCACGGAUCGUGGUCCUAAAGCACAAUGUUUGGCGUGUGAAAGGCAUUAUUCAGGUUUCCAGAACAAUCGGUGAUGCCUAUCUAAAAAGUUCAGAAUUUAACCGUGAGCCUCUUCUAGCACGGUUCCGUCUUCCAGAACCCUUCCAUAAACCAAUUCUUUGUCCAGAACCAUCCAUAGAAGAGCAUAGACUGUGUGCUGAAGAUCAGUUUGUUAUAUUUGCUUCUGAUGGACUAUGGGAGCACUUGAGCAAUCAGGAAGCUGUGGAUAUAGUUAACUGUUCACCCCGAAAUGGUGUCGCAAGAAGACUAAUAAAAGCCGCCCUGCGAGAGGCAGCCAAGAAAAGAGAAAUGAGGUACUCAGACUUGAAGAAGAUUGAGCGCGGGGUGAGGAGACACUUCCAUGAUGAUAUUACUGUGGUGGUACUAUUCAUGGACCCUGGGCUUACCGGCAGGAGGUUGUAUGGUGGCCCAUUGCUUUCACUGAGGGGUGGUGGUGGUGGUGGUACCUCAACGCUUGCACAGAAAAGCUGACCACCAUUGAUGCUUUCUGGAGAUAUCAUAUACCCCUUCGUAUCUUGGCGACAUGCUCCUGAGCUGAGAGUAGAGCGAUAUAUGGAGGACCAUACUGUUUUGACUUCUAAUAUGUACAGCUAGAGAUGGAUGUCCCUUUGCAUGAGCUCGUCGAGACGUCAUCGGUGCGAUGACCCCGUGUCCGUUUGGAGAAACCUGGCUGCUGCAUAAGCAUAAUUUGCAGGUACCAGUGCUUUUCUGGAGAGUGGAUGAACUUGAGCAAGCAGUAGUCGGAAACAUGGGGAUGAUAAAGCCUUGUCAGACAGGUUCCUUGCUGUGAUUACAUCUCGUAUCCAUUUUGCAGCAGUCAGUCUGUCUGUCCUGCUUUGUGAGUCCUCCCCAUUGUAUAGUUUACUUACUUAAGCUGGAUGCAGCUCUGUGAAGUUGUCGGACUAUAGAGCCCGAAUGUGUUAGCUCGACGGACUUUGUAAAGAAUAUAUGUCCAUUUUCUCCAAGCCAAGGAAAAAAGUUUAUUUCAUUUUGU